AAAAAAUAGUGUAUACCAUGUUUCUCGGAGGCACAAUCUCCACUCCUCCAGCUUCUCUCCGGUUAAGGUCCACAUUAAACCCACAAAACGCAGUCACACAAUCAUCAUCACAAGCGACGUUUCCAGCUGCAAUGCAACGAAAGCCACCAAGUUACUCAAUCAGCGACGAAGAUCUCGAAUCCAGAGGCUUUCUUCUCCGUCGAACAACAGAAGGACUUAACUUAGACCAGCUGAAUUCAGUCUUUGCAGCCGUGGGAUUCCCUCGUCGUGACACGGCGAAAAUCGAGGUGGCGUUGCAGCACACAGACGCGUUGCUUUGGGUAGAGUACGAGAAAACGCGGAGGCCUGUAGCGUUUGCGAGAGCAACCGGUGACGGAGUUUUCAAUGCGAUCAUAUGGGAUGUUGUGGUUGAUCCAUCGUUUCAAAGCUGUGGACUUGGGAAGGCGGUGAUGGAGCGGUUGAUUGAGGAUUUACAGGUGAAAGGGAUUUGUAACAUUGCUCUGUAUUCAGAGCCUCGAGUUCUCGGGUUUUAUCGCCCGCUUGGGUUCGUCUCUGACCCGGAUGGGAUCAAAGGAAUGGUUUUUAUACGCAAACAGAGAAACAAGAAAUAAAAAGUUUGAAACUUUAUAAAUUUUAAUUUCGUAAAUGCACAGAUUACAAUGUCUCUUUAACUACACUUUCUUGUACAAGCUAAGAGAGUAAUGAGAAGCACUUCUUCGUCU